CUUGGCGAUAAUAAUGCCUCCUGGCCAGAGCCGCAAGUCAACCGAACGUCGACAGAGCCUCCUGCGACCAGGGCUACACUUUCUGUUUGUGUCGGUGCCAUCCUGUUGUCCUCCAGCCAGUCGGCAACUGGGUUCAAGUCCCGUUUUGAGCAUGCUCUUGUCCGACGGUCGACUCCCGGUAGGU